CAGCAGAAGUUUCUCACCUUGGAAUGUGAGGGACGCUCCCGCACCUCCAGCUCCUACUCAUCUCUGCGCGAGAGGACGUUAGGCUACUUUCUCCACCUCAUCUUGCCUAGGGGACUGCUGAUAGACUCUGUCCUUGCUGCCCUUUUUAAUGUUACCUUCCAGGGGAAAGAGAGCAAGGAACAACUGGGUGCUAAGAAACUGACCCCAGGCCCUGCGGGCCUCUGGAGAGAGGAGACAGCAGAGGAGUGGCUGGGGCUGGGGGCCUCCAUGCGUCGGCCAUGGACAGAGCGGCGCUCCUGGCCCUGCCCAGCUUGUGUGCGCUGUGGGCAGCCGUGCUGUCGCUGCUCCCCUGCGGAACCCAGGGCAACUGGAUGUGGUUGGGCAUCGCCUCCUUCGGGGUACCUGAGAAGCUGGGCUGCGCCGGCUUGCCGCUGAACAGCCGCCAGAAGGAGCUGUGCAAGAGGAAACCGUACCUGCUGCCUAGCAUCCGCGAGGGCGCCAGGCUGGGCAUUCAGGAGUGCAGAAGCCAGUUCCGACACGAGAGGUGGAACUGUAUGGUCGCCACUGACACCUCCACCCAGCUCUCCACAGCCCCCCUCUUUGGCUAUGAGCUGAGUAGCGGCACCAAGGAGACAGCAUUCAUUUAUGCCAUCAUGGCGGCAGGCCUGGUGCACUCUGUAACCAGGUCCUGCAGUGCAGGAAACAUGACCGAAUGUUCCUGUGACACCACCUUGCAGAAUGGUGGCUCACCAAGUGAAGGCUGGCAUUGGGGAGGAUGCUCUGAUGAUGUCCAGUACGGCAUGUGGUUCAGCAGAAAGUUUCUAGAUCUGCCCAUCAGAAACACCACAGAAAAAGAAAGCAAAGUCCUGCUAGCCAUGAAUCUACACAACAACGAGGCGGGGCGGCAGGCUGUCGCCAAGUUAAUGUCUGUGGACUGCCGCUGCCACGGAGUUUCCGGCUCCUGUGCUGUGAAAACCUGCUGGAAAACUAUGUCUUCUUUUGAGAAGAUUGGGCAUUUUUUAAAGGAUAAAUACGAGAACAGCAUCCAGAUCUCGGACAAAACCAAGAGGAAAAUGCGCAGAAGAGAAAAAGAUCAGAGGCAGACGCCCAUUCUCAAGGAUGACUUGCUGUACGUUCAUAAGUCUCCCAACUACUGCGUGGAGAACAAGAAACUGGGUAUUCCUGGGACGCAGGGCAGAGAGUGCAACCGGACAUCAGGAGGCGCGGAUGGCUGCAACCUCCUCUGCUGUGGCCGAGGCUACAAUACCCACGUAGUCAGGCACGUGGAGAGGUGUGAGUGUAAGUUUAUCUGGUGCUGCUAUGUCCGCUGCAGGAGGUGUGAAAGCAUGACCGAUGUCCACACGUGUAAGUAACCUCUCCGUCCAGCCUAGCGGGAGACGCCUCAGUAGCAACCAAUGGAGUUGUCCUCUGGAGGGCGCCCCCUACUCUGCACGGCUGGGGAAGUCGCUGCCUGUAAGAGUGUUUCCAGACCCCUAGGCCAGUCUGCGAUUCGAUUCCUUCUUUCUGGCAGACUUCAAAUCACAAGCUGAUCUGUGAAGAUUGCUUGGGAUUCUAAAGUUGAAAAGGUUGGCAGUCGCCUUUGGAUGGUUUGGGAAAUAUACAUUGACAUAUAAGGGAACAGCAAUCUGUUUCCGAAACAAUAUAGAGAAAGAAAAGAAGAAAAAAGAGGAAAAAGGAUAGAAAAGGAAAAGGAAAUAAAGGAAAGGAAAGGAAAGGAAACAAAAGAGAAGAGAAGAGAAGAGAAGAGAAGAGAAGAGAAGAGAAGAGAAGAGAAGAGAAGAGAAGAGAAGAGAAGAGAGAAGAAAGCCCUUAUCCCAGAGAACUGGUCCAGGCUCAGGAUAAGAUCUUAGACUGGGGACACAGGUACAGAAAUCAGUCAUGGUGGGUACACACCGACCACUUUUAAAGACAUCUCUUAUAGGAGCUAGGAGCAGCACACAUGAAUUGCAUUUUUUCCUUAGUAUUUUAAUAGAAUUAAUGAUAUUGUUUGUGCGCAGACAAAAGAUGCUGAAAAUUAACCAACGGGCAGGUGUUUACUUUACCCUUCCAUACACUUCAAAAGCAGGGCCAUUGAAAAGAGUCCCUAUUAAGAAAUACAGUAAUACCUUUUAAAGUCUUGUUUUUUUAAAGAUGUUAAGUAAUAAAUAUAGCCAAAAUGUAAAAAGUAAAACAUGAAUUAGAUUUUUAAGUGUCUUUAACCAAGAAGAUUUGUCUGGGGAGACAUAUAAAGUUUAUAUGACUUUUAAUCUUUGGAUUAAUCUUUUUUUUUUUAUUGUAGACCAGUUUCUACUCUUAAACACUUAGAUAUAUUGGAAGAAUCCCUAAAAGGAGUUAAGGAAAAUGGAAAUAGAGAAAGCACCCUUAAUUAUGUAAAGGCAAUAUUUUGUAUAGUGCUUUUACUUCAAAUGUUUUAUAUUUUGUAAAUACAGUAUUUAACUUAUGUAACAGAUUAAGACUUAAAGACAUUUAUCCUUAAAGUCUGAAAGUACUAGAAUAAGGCCACAUCAAAAAAUAAGAAUAACUUUUGAUUUUUUUUCAUACUACUAAUUCCUCUUUAAAACAUUGGGGGAAAAGGUAAUUGAGACAGUUACCUGGGUGUGUGUUUCUUGCCAAAAUGACAGUUCUCUUUAAAAAGAAUUUUUUUUUUUUGAGACAGGGUUUCUCUGUGUAGCUGUAGCUGUCUUGAAAAUGACAGUUUUCUGUGCUUUAGAUUAAAGUAUGUUACAAAAUACUGACAAUCGUGUCAUUUCAGUAGCCAGAGUAAUCGAAUUCUCUUUUCAACCUUAGCUCUGCUUUCACAGACUAAAUUUCACAGUAAAGGAAGGUCUUCGCUGGGAAAGACUCUCAGCCAGAAUACUGCUGGAUUUGAUACCCUGGAUAUUUUAUGCAAUGUUGCCAUUCGAAUGCUGAGUGCUUUUUUUUUUCUUUUUUUUUUUUUCUUCUCAUUUUUCUCUUUUCUUUUCUUUCCAUUAUGGGGCAGGGGUGAGGGGGAGGGAGUUGUGGGUGGAUCUAAGGUCAGAGCCGAGGGUCUUCUGCUUGCUAGGCAAGUGCUCUACCACUGGAUUAAACCCCCAACCCCUGUUUCUUACUUUAAUCCACACAUAUAUGUUCAUAUUUGACAAAAAUACCCAGUGAAGUGUCACAGGGCUGUUUUUAGGUUGUAUUUUACUAUAAAGGCUUAUGCUUUUACACUUUGUUAAAUAUUUUAGAUUAUAUGGAGAAUAGUUUUUCUAAGUUCAGGAUGGACACGAAAGGAUAUCCUUUUUCUUAUUAAUAAGAUCAAUAUUUAUCAAAGAUCUUGGUCUAUUUCCUAUUAAUUUUUUAAACCAACUUUAAGCAAUAAUUUGAAAAGCAAACCUCUGGAAGAUUUCUCAAUUCUGAUGUUAUAAAUCAUGACUUGAAUGUUUACUCACGACCCUUGAAGUCUAACAGUUCCUAUUUGCUAAGUGAGAAAUGUGGACAUGGCAAAUGAACAAAUACAAAGCUAAUUUGAAAGACU